AGUACUUUUAAACAGGCUCCAAAAAUAAAGAGAGCACUGACAGACUUCAGACUGAAAAUCUAGAAGCUCGGUUAUUUUUAGUGUAUCAAUUCCUCACCCACGUGUUGGUUUAAGUUGAUUAGAAUGUUCCACCAGGCGACUCUCGACUGGACCUGGCCAGUUGUUCUCCUCGGCCUUCUGACUGGGAUAGCCUCCCCGGCUCCAAUAGCAACGAAAGCGAGGGGGAGCUUGGAAGGGAGAUGGGAGACUCUGCUCUCCAGGUCCCUGUAUCCGAUCUCUGGGAGGAAAUUAGACCUCGGCUGGGACAGGGACUAUUUCACUGGAAUCAAGAGAGUGAGGAGGCUUUAUUGCAAUGUUGGCAUCGGGUUUCACCUCCAAAUCACGGCUGAUGGACAAAUUAAUGGAGCACACACUGAAAACCAGUACAGUCUCUUAAUGAUUUCUACAGUGGAGUUGGGCGUUGUCAGUCUGUAUGGAGUGAAAGCUCAUGCCUUCAUUGCAAUGAAUAGCAAGGGCCGACUGUAUGCAACGGUGAACUUCAAUAAUGAAUGCGAAUUUAGAGAAAUACUCUUGCCAAAUCGCUACAACGUGUAUGAAUCAAAGACGUACCCAGGGAUGUACAUCGCAUUGAGCAAAUAUGGAAGAGCAAAGAGAGGAAGCAAAGUUUCACCCAUCCUGAGAGUUACUCAUUUUUUGCCGAGAUUGUAAAGAAAUGGGGCAACUGGAUACGAGAAGUAUCACCAGACAUCAUUUUCAUGGAAGUAGAAUUGCAGAAAAGUAUACCAUGUACAGGACAUACAUAGAUAAAUGUUAAGUUAUUAACUUAUGUGGAAACAGCGUAACCUGUAAAUAUGUAUUACUUUUUGUAGUUAUUUGACACAAGUGAGCUACUUCAUUAAUGCUGCUUUUUUUAAAAAAAAGUAUGAUUUGGGGCAUAGUAAAAGAGUCACCUACCGUAUUCGUUGGAUUAGAUUGUCAGCCCCAGAACAACCAGUUAAUUCAGAGACCAGUUAUCAGUAGCGAAAGGAAAUAGUGUAGUGUAUUACCUAAUUUCCUGCAUCAAAGGAAAAAAAAUGAAAUAAAUUAAAAAUGUGCAAACUGCCUCACACCAAAGUGACCUCUGACCUUUAAACCAGCUGAGUCAAGACAGCUGUAACAGUGAAGUAAUUGUUGGAUCUUUUGGAGAUAUUAGGAGUUUGGUGAAAUUCUUUUUUGUUUUUUUUUUGACAGUUUGCAUCUGAAAGGUUUCUGGCUGCAUAAUGUAGAAUUUGCUGAUGGUGGGGUACAGGCUAUGUGCAUCCUAAACAGGACUUGUAAGGUUCAUCAAAAAGCGGGCCUAAUUUCAUUAGUUUGAGUGAGUGGCCAGUACCUAUCAAGUGUCCAGUGAGUAAUAAUCAAAUUCAGCCUAAAAGCGUUGCCAGCAAUGGCUUCAAGAUUUGAGAGUGAGGGUUGAUGGGGAUGAGGGGAUAAUGAAACACUCAAGGGAUCUUAGAGGUCCCAUAGAUGAUUCUGAAGUUCCUCUGGCUUUACAUUAAAGCUCAAAAUAAAUUUGCUCACGUUGGUCACCAUCUGUUUGGCCACAUCCACGAUAGGUGAACAUAGCCAGCCCCGUGCCUAUUCCACUGAGGGCAGCACCACAAGUGAAAUUGGUCUCAAUUUGGUGAGAUCACAUCUCAAACCCUGUGAAGUUUUGGUCUUUUUAUUUAAGUAAAUAUAUUGAAGGCAGUUUAUGGAAGGUUUAUGACUCGAGUGGGUGGUUUCUUAUGAGGAAAGAUUGGAGAAUCUGGGCUUUUGUUAAAAAUUGGAGUUUAGAAGAGCAAGGGGAGAAGUUAUCAGAUCCUGAAUGGUCUUGACAAGGUGACCAUAGAAAGGACGUAUACCCUCUUGAGUGAGUCAGGACUAGGGGACACUGAUUAACACUGUCAUAAAAUUAGGUGUCAUCUUUUUAGGAUAGAGAUGAGAAUUGUUUUCCCCCCCUGAGGAUUGUGACUUUGGAGCUCCCUGUCUCAGAAGGCAAUGGAAGUGGUCUCAUUUGAAUAUUUUUAAGUCAGAGAUAAAUAAAUUCUUGUUAGACAAAGGGAUCAGAGAUUAUUGGAUUGAUGGGGAUGUGGAAUUUGGAACACACACAGAUCAGCCAGGAAUUUAUUGAAUGCCAGAGUAGACUUGAAGGGCUGAAUCAGCUACUUCUGUUCCUAAUUCACAUGGAGGCAUGCAUGUGGAUAUUAGAUCACACUUUAUUUUGAAGGUUUCUCAUACCUAUUCUCGGCCAGUGACUGGAUGUCUAUAAAUUUCUGAGGCAAAUAUAGUGUUAGACAGAUUUCAUGCUACUUUGGGGGACAGGGCCGAGCCUAAGAAAUUGUUCACUUGUUGUCACUGGUUUCCAUCUGGAGGAAUAAUACAACAAGGACCAACAUCAUUUCCUCUUCCAUGAUAUCUAGCCAGCCCUCUCAGGAAUUGCAUGAGAGACAAAUUUGGAUUCAAGUGCAGCCUUGGUGCUCCACCUUGAAUGGGUACCUAGCUAGCACCCACUAAUGAACCAGAUAUGCGCGUUGUGAGCACUUUGACCAGGCACUGGAAGGUGUCCAGUGGAACUGCGCCCCAGAGAAAUGUCAGGCCCUUCAAUAGAAAGGAGCAGAAAAUGUUGGUAGGGAGAAAAAAAUAACAUUUUCCUUGUUGGCAAUGGCCUUUUAUGAAACUAGAACCAAACUGUUCAGAAUAAUAAAUUAUUUUUGUGGGUUGCCAACCUCUUUAAUGAUAUAAAAACCAAAAGAACUGCGGAUGCUGUAAAUCAGAGGCAAAAAUAGAAAAUGCUGAAAAAGCUCAGC